AUGUUUCGACGAUUGAAACAAAAUGUGAUGGUAAAGUUGGAUAUGGCAAAACAAACAGAAUUUCCAAAUGAUGUCACCCGUUCGAUUACUUUCUGCGAACAGAGUAAAUCGGAUGUGACAGCAAUCGUUAAAGCAGUUGAAUCGAUGAUUUCAAAUUUCAAAGCUGCCGGUAUGACUUCCGCUGAUUCAAUAGCCAAUACAUGCAAUGGUUUGGCAGCUAAAACGAAUAAUAAAAAAUUCAAUAAAGUGAUGAAAAAUGUCGGAGAAGCAUUGGAAGGAAUUGCGAAAACGGAACGUUUAACAGCUAAACAGGUGGAAUCAAAAUUUUUUGAAUCUUGGUCAAAAGUAUGGCUUAAAGAAACUCUAAAAAUUUAUCUCGAAGAUAUAAAUCAAUUAAAAAAGCGGCGUCUUGACAAGGAUGGCUUAUCUCAAUCAGCUAACAAACAUCCUGAAGAUGAAACCAAACAACAGAAAAGUAAGGAAGCUGAUUUACAGUAUGAGGAACAAUUGAUGAAAGUUCGACAAAAUAUUCAACAAUUCACAGAACAUUAUGUAAAAACGGCGGAAGCGGUACGAGAACUGAUGAAUUUAAUGGCAAAUCAUUUUGACAAAUGCGCCAUUAUGACAUCUGAGCAUUUGAAGGAUGCUAAAAAAAAUGCAUGA